UAUACAAGUUCGUUUGGCCUUCUUCCUCUUUCCAUUCAUCAGUUAGUUAGAGUGAGUGAAUGAACCACAAAACAAAAGAAGAAAACAAUGGCGAUUAGAGGUGCAGCUUCUUCAAUCGGAAGACAAACAAGCACAACAUCUCUGCUCUCGAUUUCAGGAUAUCUCAGAACUAGAUAUCAUGAAUUUAAGUAUUCGAUUCGCGCAAUACAAGGGGCAGCAGCAGAUCCUGUAACUCCCAAGAAAGAAGAUGAAGAACAAUUAUCCAAGGAAUGGAAGAUUAAAAUGCUUUACGAUGGCGAGUGCUCUCUUUGCAUGCGUGAGGUUAUGGGAAGAAUUCAUGCGAUCCUAUCUGAUGGAGCUGUAGUCAAAAACGUUGAGGCAUUUAGAAAACUAUAUGAAGCAGUUGGUCUGGGAUGGGUUUAUGCCAUAACCAAAUACAAGCCUGUUGCAACAAUAGCCGAUGUUGUGUAUGGUGUUUGGGCAAAAUAUCGUCUUCAAAUAACAGGUCAUCUGCUAGGUUGAGAGUGAACCAUAUCCCAAAUUUAUUUUAUCACACGAGGACGUAUGCUUAUACUUUUGCCACUUCCCAACAUGUUAUGCUACAUAUAUGUUCAUGUGACAUACUUCAAAUGAUGCUUCAGCCGGCCACCUCUAGAAGAAGUUAUAAUGGCACGGAAGAAGAAGGAAGAAAUAUGCAAUGACAACAAGGCAUGUAACACAUAAGGUAUUUUUCAGUCAUUUUGCUGGCUGUAAUGUGCAAGGAUCAUGAAGCUUGGAUCAGUCUCUUGGUUUUGGCUUAUCUACUUGCUUCUGGCCUAGAGAUCACGUCGGUGGCAUGGGAAGCUUGACAGUGUCUCUGUCCACUAUUCUUGUUUCCCUCAAAAUCGAAACUUGUGUAUUGAACAAUUCUUUUCCAUUUCACAGUGACUUUGCUUGUUUAGGGGUAUAUAUUAUAUUUAUAAGCUGCAAAGUUAUACAUAUAUGUUCCAG